AUGCCAUCAAAUCGCGCGCUCCACUCCUCUGUCAUCUCUCUUCAAAGCGACCUCCCAUUCCUGCUAGGCCGCAGAGCAGUGGUACCCAAUACCGCCACCAAACCUCUCACAACUACGGCAACAAGCAACAACCUCGACAAAAUCGCCACAACAGCAUUAAAAGCCAAAGCUGUCGAAAUCAGCAAGUCCGCUUCCGGGCAGUCGAGCAACGCGCAGCAGAAUAGCACUACUUCCACCCCAUCAUCAGUCUCUGCAAAGGACACCUUCAGCACUUGGCGUCAAACGGAGCACUGGUCCGACGGGAUCGUGCGACCUUCCACGCAAGAAAUGAGGUCCGCGCCUUCUCCGCACUGGGCCACGCUUCCCCGUGGGGUGGUCCCAGGAGUUGGCAGACCUCAGCAGCAGGCGAGUCCGGGGAAGUAG